UCUCUCUCUCUCUCUCUCUCUCCUCUGUUUUCUCUGCGCAUGCAAGCUCCACGAGAGGGAAAAUCGGCGGCGGCCAUCGUCGGAAUGGGCAAGUACAUGAAGAAAUCCAAGGCAAUCCCCCGCGACGUCCCGCUCCUCGAGGCCUCCCCGCGCUCCCCCUCCGCCACCGGCGUCCGGACCAGAGCCAAAACCCUAGCCUCGCGGCGCCUCCGGAGGGCCUCCCAGCGGCGGCCGCCGCCCCCCGCCGCCGCCGCCGCCGCCGCGCCGAGCUUGGACGCCUCUCCCUGUCCGUUCUCUUACCUCCAGCUCCGGAGCCGGAGGCUCCGGAGACCCCGUCUCGCGCCCUCCCCGGAGGCGAGGAUCGACGAAGGACCCGCGGGGAGCGGUUCUAGGGGAAGCUGCGACGCUUCGUGCUCGGCGAGGACGGCAUCGUCGAGCGGUGGAGUGGAGGGAGAAGGAGCGUGUGUCGGUCGGGGUGACAAGGGAAACGGGGGGGAGUGUGUCGGCGAUGCGGCUGUCGACGCGUCUUAUGGAGAGAACGAUUUGGAGAUCGAAGACAGAGACAGGAGCACAAGGGAAAGCACGCCGUGUAGCUUGAUAAGGGACUCGAACGCAAACACGCCACCAGGGUCAACCACAAGACAGCAGAGCUCAUGCACUGCUCACAGAACUCAAAUGAGCAUACUUAGAAGUAUCCCGACCUCAGAUGAGAUGGAGGAGUUCUUUGCAUAUGCCGAGCAACGACAACAAAGAUCAUUCAUUGAAAAGUACAACUUUGAUAUUGUCAAGGAUCGUCCCCUCCCAGGUCGUUUUGAAUGGGUGCAAGUAAUUCCAUGAGAUUUGCAUUGAUGCUGGACGAGGAGGUGUAUCGCAUACGGAGUCAAUGUACUGGAGUAGUAAAGAGCCUGAACUGUGACAUAACAGACGACGAGCACACUGAUGAGAUAUUAAAUUAAAGUCCCUUGACAAUGUCUAAAGAGCCGUGAUCUAUGAGUAGAUUAGAAACCGCCUUUUUAGUUGCAAACGCCAUUGGAGUUUGUUGAGAAAGGAGAAUAUACCCCUUGUACAUAACUUGUUUCUUCAGUAUAUGCUCUUUUCUCCUUGUCUCUAUGUUAAAGAAUACCGUGCUUUGUUGUUA